UUUACAUAGUUCUGGAUGAGAAAAAAUGUCUUAUUUUUAGUUGAUCAGGGUUGUAAUACAUUGUUGAUUCAUCCAUGACCACAGAUAUGCUGCAGUUGUUUUGAUCGGUUCUUUAUUUUAUUUUCUGAUAUAACUUAGCAUGUAUUACACUAUAUCUGUUUAAAAAUGCACGCAAUUUGGGAUAACCCACUUUUCCAGUGCAUUCGCCUACAAAGUGCAGCCUACGUUGCCAAAUCUAUAACACUUGACUUUGCCAUGGCUGUUCUGUUUGUAAUCGGUUUUCUUGAAUAAAUAAUGUCCACAGAACAAUGUUACUGACGGAAAAAAAUAGUUACAUUGUGUGAGUGUCCAUAGUCUAUUUUAUGGCAACUUCAAAUCCACCGACGAUUCCUACCGCAGUUAAAAACAAUUUCCGGUUGAUUUUACGCUUCUCGACCUCUGACCGCAAUAUGUUGCGCGUGCGCUCUACGAGACCCCGCUGUAUCUUAUUGUUCUAUCAUAGCUAGCUAGCUUGCUAACUUUAACCUAUUUCAUGACUGUCUCGUAGUAACUGUCUGGUACCUAUUCAGGUAACUACUCUCUAGUAGGUGGUCGGACGGAGCCUACUCCCCCAUUCCAACGGAAUGUUUUCCCCCUGAUUUGGACUCAUUCAUCGGAUUCUUUUUCUAUCGGAUCAUAUGGCGUAUUAGUAGAAGGACGAAAGGCUUUUUCGGUAGAAAAUCGGUGGAUUGACACAAAGGAAAAAGUUUUCCUAACGGAGUUGGGAAAAGUUCUGCAAGCAAGAGAUGGUCCUUCUAAGUUUGAGAAAGUUGAAACUAUUGUCCCCGGGAGUACGCGCGGUGAACUGCGGAAGAGGGUGAAUGUUUCAGGUCACGAGGUAGUCCAAGAUGGCUGCAGCUUCUUAUGAUCAGCUGCUGAAGCAAGUAGAAGCUCUGAAGAUGGAGAACUCCAACCUGCGCCAGGAACUAGAAGACAACUCGAACCACUUGACCAAACUUGAGACCGAGGCCUCUAAUAUGAAGGAGGUGCUGAAGCAGCUACAAGGAAGCAUUGAAGAAGAGUCCAUUGAGUCUUCUGGACAAAAUGACCUUCUCGAGAGACUGAAAGAGAUGAACCUGGACCCCAGCGGCUUCCCGGCCGUGAAGAUGAGGCCCAAAGCGCCCGCGCGCUACGACAGCCGCGAGGGCUCCGCGUCGGGCCGGUCCGGAGACAGCAGCCCCGUCCCCGCGGGCUCCUUCCCCAGGAGAGGGGUGGUGAACGGGGGCCGGGAGAGCACUGGGUACCUGGAGGAGCUGGAGAAAGAGAGGGCUUUGCUAUUGGCAGAGCUGGAGAAAGAGGAGAAGGAGAAGGACUGGUAUUAUGCACAGCUCCAGAACCUCACCAAGAGGAUUGACAGCCUUCCCCUGACCGAAAAUUUUUCCCUGCAGACGGACAUGACUCGACGGCAGCUGGAGUACGAGGCUCGGCAGAUCAGAGCCGCCAUGGAGGAGCAGCUCGGGACCUGCCAGGACAUGGAAAAGAGGGCACAGGCCAGAGUGGCACGGAUUCAGCAGAUCGAGAAGGACAUGCUCCGGAUCAGACAGCAUUUGCAGUCCCACCCGGGCGAGUCAGAGAAGACGUCGCAGAGCAAGCACGAGGCGGCUUCCCUGGACGGCGAGAGGCCGAGCGACGGAGCGCCGGCGUCCAGCAGCACCUGCGCGGCUGCCCCGGGGUGCGGUCAGGGCUCAAGUUCUCGAAUGGACCAUGAGACGAGCAGUGAUAUGAGCUGUGGUAGUAGUUUCUCUGUCCCACGCAGGCUGACUAGUCACCUGGGUACCAAGGUAACCGAAGAUUCCAAGCUUCAGGUGGAGAUGGUGUAUUCACUUUUAUCCAUGUUGGGCACUCACGACAAGGACGACAUGUCCCGCACCCUGCUGGCCAUGUCCAGCUCCCAGGACAGCUGCAUCGCCAUGCGGCAGUCCGGCUGCUUGCCCCUGCUCAUACAGCUGCUCCACGGCAACGACAAGGACUCGGUGCUCCUGGGCAACUCGCGGGGCAGCAAGGAGGCCCGGGCCCGGGCCAGCGCCGCCCUCCACAACAUCAUCCACUCGCAGCCCGACGACAAGCGCGGGCGCAGGGAGAUCCGCGUGCUGCACCUCCUGGAGCAGAUCCGGGCCUACUGCGAGACCUGCUGGGAGUGGCAGGAAACCCACGAGCGGGGCGUCGACCAAGACAAAAACCCCAUGCCCUCUCCUGUGGAGCACCAGAUCUGCCCUGCUGUGUGUGUGCUUAUGAAGCUGUCCUUUGAUGAGGAACACAGGCAUGCCAUGAAUGAACUAGGUGGUCUGCAGGCAAUAGGGGAACUGCUGCAGGUUGACUGUGAGAUAUACGGACUCACUAGUGACCACUACAGUGUAACGCUGAGGCGGUAUGCUGGAAUGGCGCUCACAAACUUGACCUUCGGGGAUGUGGCCAAUAAGGCAACGUUGUGUUCAAUGAAAGGCUGCAUGAGGGCAAUGGUGGCUCAGCUGAAAUCGGAGAGUGAGGAUUUACAACAGGUAAUUGCCAGUGUUCUGAGGAACUUGUCCUGGCGCGCUGAUGUCAACAGUAAGAAGACGCUACGUGAGGUGGGGAGUGUGAAGGCACUCAUGGAAUGUGCUCUGGAUGUCAAGAAGGAAUCUACCUUAAAGAGUGUUCUUAGUGCCCUGUGGAACUUGUCAGCACACUGCACUGAAAACAAAGCUGAUAUAUGUGCAGUAGAGGGAGCUUUGGCAUUCUUGGUCAGCACUCUAACAUACCGAAGUCAAACUAACACCCUGGCUAUUAUUGAAAGUGGAGGAGGCAUCUUGCGAAAUGUUUCCAGUCUCAUUGCAACAAAUGAAGAUCACAGGCAAAUAUUAAGAGAGAACAAUUGUCUCCAGACUCUCCUUCAGCAUCUGAAGUCUCACAGCUUGACUAUCGUCAGCAAUGCAUGUGGAACUCUCUGGAACCUUUCAGCUCGGAAUACAAAGGACCAGGAAAGCUUGUGGGAAAUGGGAGCCAUUAGCAUGUUGAAGAAUCUCAUUCACUCAAAGCACAAAAUGAUAGCAAUGGGCAGUGCAGCAGCUUUAAGGAACCUCAUGGCUAACAGGCCUGCUAAGUACAAGGAUGCUAACAUCAUGUCCCCAGGGUCCAGCUUGCCAUCUCUCCAUGUCAGAAAACAAAAAGCUUUAAUUGAGGAACUAGAUGCACAGCAUCUUUCAGAGACAUUUGAUAACAUUGACAACUUGAGCCCAAAAGCUCAUCAUCGGAGCAAGCCAAGACACAAACAGAACAUGUACAGUGAGUAUGUUCUAGAGCCUAGUCGUCACAAUGACGACGGUGUCUGUAGGGCAGAGAGCUUUAAUUCCAAGAACUUGACGGUCCUCUCUCCUUACAUGAACACUCCAGUGCUCUCCAGCUCAUCCAGAGAAAGUUUCAGGGCUGAGAAAGACCAGAGUCUUGACAGAGAAAGGAGAGGUGGCGUAGCUGGGGGGUUCCACCCCUCAGAUGACCCUUCCAAGAGAAUGGGGAUGCCAAUAUCAACUGCAGCCCAGAUUGCCAAGGUAAUGGAAGAAGUGCAAAGCAUGCACAUAGGCCAAGAUGACAGAAGUGGUGGGACUACGCAACAAGGCAAGCAUUGUGUGGAGGAUGAAAUGAGUGGCAUUAGACGUACUUCUGUUAUUCACACUCAUUCAAAUGCGUUCAACUUCAGCAAGCCAGAGCACCCUAGCAGAAAGUGUCCAAUGCCAAAAAUGGAAUACAGGGCAUCAAAUGACAGUCUGAACAGUGUUAACAGCAGUGAUGGCUAUGGCAAAAGAGGUCAGAUGAAACCCUCAAUUGACUCCUACUCUGAAGAUGAAGGGAAAUGUUGCAUUUACCGAAAAUAUCCUGCUGAUCUGGCCCACAAGAUACACAGUGCCAAUCAUAUGGAAGAUGAUGAUGGCGAUCUGGACACGCCAAUAAAUUACAGCUUGAAGUACUCGGAUGAACAGCUGAAUUCUGGUCGGCAGAGUCCCAGUCAGAAUGAAAGGUGGGCACGACCUAAACAUCUUGAGGAUGACAUCAAAAGGUCAGAUCAGAAACCCGCACAAUCUCAUAGCCCUGGUUAUCCAAGGUACACAGAAAACAAUAGUGAUGCUGAGGAAAAACGCAAGAAAUACCAGCCUAGGUUUGUACAGCCUGAGCAUUCUGGAGGGUUCAGGUCAAGGAGUUCCAAUAGCUCAGAGCAAAGUCGAGGCAGUUCUAGUCAUGGAACUAAUAAAAAUGCUAACCAGGCUACGUGCCCUGUUGAGGAUUAUAGUGAUGAAAAGCCAGCUAAUUACAGUGAGACAUAUUCAGAAGAAGAGCAACUUGAUGAGGACCAGUUAACAAAUUACAGCAUGAAAUACAGUGAUGAACACCAUGUCGAACAGCCAAUUGACUACAGUUUGAAAUAUUCUGAAACCCCUGCAAAAAAGGCCAUCUUCCGCCAUUCAAAGUCACCUUCUUCUAAAAGUUCAGCAAAAGAUCAUCUAACCCAGGUUGGCACAACAACCUCCAUAGCAUCACUAAAAAAUUCCAAUAGACAAAAGCAGCUUCAACCAUCUUCUACUCAGACACGGUCUGGACCAGUUCGGGUACUCCAGAAGACUUCGUCAUGUAAGGCUCCUUCCAUUAAUCAAGAAACACUACAGACAUACUGUGUGGAAGAUACACCAAUUUGCUUCUCUCGAGGUAGUUCCUUAUCUUCUUUGUCAUCUGAAGAUGAAAUUGAAGGUCAUAAUCAAUCCAUAAACACUGUAAAUAACUACCCAACUCUACCGAUUGCUGAUAAAGAGUCUGGCACUGUUGCAGACCAGCGUACAACUGAGAGCCAGACAACUACUCAGUAUAUCCGAAUGAAGCCACAGAGAAAUCAGGGUUCUAUUUCAGAUGGUUCGAGACACAAAGCUGUGGAAUUUUCAUCUGGUGCUAAAUCUCCAUCCAAAAGUGGUGCACAGACUCCUAAAAGUCCUCCAGAACAUUAUGUUCAAGAGACGCCUCUCAUGUUCAGCAGGUGUACUUCAGUGAGCUCCCUUGACAGUUUUGAGAGUCAUUCUAUUGCAAGUUCAGUACAGAGUGAACCUUUUAGUGGUAUGGUCAGUGGAAUCAUUAGUCCAAGUGAUCUUCCUGACAGCCCUGGGCAAACGAUGCCUCCAAGCAGAAGUAAAACUCCACCACCUCCACAUCAAUCCCAAAUGAAACAGAAAUUGAAAGUUCUGCCUCACAUCGAAAAGAGGAGUUUGGCUCCAAGACAUGCAGAAGUGAAUUCUGCUGUUCAGAAGGUCCAAGUACUUCCAGAAAAUGAUACACUUUUGCAUUUUGCCACAGAGAGUACCCCUGAUGGAUUCUCUUGUGCUUCAAGCUUGAGUGCACUGAGCCUGGAUGAACCCUUCAUUCCAAAAGAUAUCGAGCUUCAAGUUAUGCCACCUGUUCAAGAAGAUGGGAAUGAGGGUGAGCCUGAGAAAGAUGACACUACAGAAACCAAGAGUCAAGACUUGUCUAAGUUAUCCAGUGAUCCAGAAAAAGACAUACUAGAUGAUUCUGAUGAUGAUGAUAAUGAAAUACUGGAAGCUUGCAUAAACUCAGCUAUGCCAACAAAGUCCUCUAGAAAACCAAAAAAGCAGUCUCCUUCAUCCAUUUCAAGAAUACCUCCGCCAGUAGCCCGUAAACCCAGUCAGCUUCCUGUAUAUAAAUUACCUCCUUCACAAAAUCGAGGGCAGCCACAGAAACAUGUUAGCUUUACCCAUGGGGAAGACAUGCCAAGAAUUUAUUGUGUUGAGGGAACCCCCAUUAAUUUUUCAACUGCAACUUCUCUCAGUGAUCUUACUAUUGAUUCUCCUCCUAAUGAGUUAGCAAAUAUUGAUAACUUGGCUCCAGGUGCAGAAACCUUUAUUCAAAGGAGAGACACCUUUCCAGAGGGAAAAAGCACACAAGGCAAGGAUUUUGGAAAAAGUCCCACUGCUAGAAUGUCUGCAUUGGAUGAGAAAAAUGAAGGAGAUGAUAUUCUUGCAGAGUGCAUCAGUUCUGCUAUGCCAAAAGGCAAAACGCAUAAGCCCUUUAGAGUGACAAAGAUGACUGAUCAAGUGCAGCACCCACCUACAUCUUCAGGUAGUCUAGUCCAACAAGAAAUUGAAAAGAAGAAGCCCACAUCCCCUGUAAAGCCGAUGCCACAAAGUAGUGAAUAUAAAGCAAGAAUGAUUAAGCGGCCUGAGCCUACAAGUAGUUUUCCCUCUGGGGCAUCAUACCCUGAUAAAAUCAAUGAUGCCAAAAAACAGGAUCGAAAUGUCAUCUCCCGAGAAGUGUCAGAUAAGCCUCAAAAUAUCAAUGAGAGAGUGCGCCCUGGUUUUACGUUUGAUUCACCUCACCAUUACACACCAAUAGAGGGCACUCCCUAUUGCUUUUCCCGUAAUGAUUCCUUGAGCUCAUUAGACUUUGAAGAUGAUGAUCUUGAUUUCUCAAAAGAAAAGGCUGAACUCCAAAAAGAAAAGUAUCAAGGGAAAACUCAAACAAAAAGUACCUGUAGGCAGCCUCUUAGAAACACUGGUGCCAACAAUUCACAUACGUUUCAAACAGCUCCUUCAAAACCUCUUCAGAAACAAGGAUGUUUUCCACAGUCAUCCAAAGAAAAUGCAGGAUCUGUCUCCGAUGAGAAGCAGAACUUUUCCAUUGAAGACACACCAGUGUGCUUUUCUAGAAAUUCAUCUCUUAGUUCAUUGAGUGACAUUGACCAAGAAAAUAACAACAAAGAUGUCCAUCAGAAAGAAAAUGCAACUCCGAUGGAAGCACCUAAACCACAAGCGUCUGGUUAUGCCCCAAAAGCCUUUCAUGUUGAAGAUACUCCUGUCUGUUUUUCAAGAAAUAGUUCACUUAGUUCUCUCAGCAUUGAUUCUGAGGACGAUCUUCUGCAAGAAUGCAUUACCUCUGCUAUGCCAAAAAAGAAGAGAGAGACACUUAGAAAUAAAGGAGAUGACUGUGGAAUGGAUGAUGAUGAUAAAAGUAUGGGUGGCAUUUUAGCAGAAGAGCCUGAUCUAAUACAGGAUCUCACUGACACGCAUAGUCCUAUUUCAGAGCAAGCUCUUUCACCAGAUUCUGAAUCUUUUGAUUGGAAGGCUAUUCAAGAAGGUGCCAAUUCUAUAGUGAGCAGUUUGCACCAAGCAGCUGCUAGCUUUUCAAGGCAAGGCUCUUCAGAUUCUGAUUCAAUCUUGUCUUUAAAGUCUGGUAUUUCAAUCGGAUCUCCUUUUCAUCUUGCUGAGGAUCAAGAAGAAAAAGUAUCUUCCAACAAAGGCCCCAGAAUAUUGAAACCAGGGGAAAAGAGCACUUCGGAAUCAAAAAAGAAUGAGGAUGAAGCUAAACGCCUCAAAGGGGGUAAGAAAGUUUAUAAAAGUCUUAUAACAGGAAAGCCACGGACAAACCUUGACUGUGUUUCUUCUCAGCAGAGGCACGCUCAGGCUCCCAUAAUCUCCCGUGGAAGGACAGUGACUCAUGUUCCAGGCGUCAGAAGCAGUUCACCCAGCACUAGUCCAGUUCCCAAGAAGACACCACCUAGAGGAGCUGCCUCAAAAACUGUGCAAGGGCAGAACUCUGGCAGUUCACCUCGUAACACGAAAAUAACUGUUAAAUCAGACCCUAGCCUAACCAGCAGACAGCCAAGCUCUCAAGGAGGAUCAAGCAAAGCCUCUUCUAGAUCUGGCUCAAGAGACUCCACGCCUUCUAGACCAGCUCAACAACCUUUAACCAGACCUAUGCAAUCCCCUGGUCGUACCUCCGUUUCACCUGGAAGAAGUGGUAUCAGUCCAUCUAAUAAGUUAUCUCAGUUACCCCGAACAUCUUCACCAAGCACAUCUUCAACUAAGUCAUCAGGUUCAGGGAGAAUGGCAUAUACAAAUACCGGGAGACACUUAGGACAGCAAAAUCCAACUAAGCACAGUGGUUUGCCAAGAAGUACCAGUGGGAUCCCGAGGGGUGAUUCUGCUUCUAAAGGUCUCAACCUGUCUGGAGCCACAAGCUCUUCUAAAAAGGCAGAAUUAUCGAGGAUGUCUUCCACAAAGUCUAGUGGCAGUGAGUCUGACAGAUCAGAGAAACCUGCCUUAGUUCGUCAGUCAACGUUCAUUAAAGAAGCCCCGAGUCCAACACUAAAGCGAAAAUUGGAAGAGUCUGCUUCAUUGGAAUCCUUGUCUCCUUCAUCAAGGCCCGUAUCUCCCAACCAAUCCCAGUCCGAGACACCAGUCUCAAGUCCGUCUUUACCAGAUAUGUCGUUAACUUUGCCUUACCAAGAUAGCUGCUGGAGGAAGUCCCCUCAAAGUCAAAAUUCUUCUGAAAAUGGGGAUGGGAGGACCCAAAGAAGACAUGACAUUGCACGGUCCCAUUCUGAGAGCCCAUCCAGACUUCCAGUUAACAGGUCUGGGACUUGGAAACGUGAGAAUAGUAAGCUUUCAUCCUCCCUGCCAAGAGUUGGCACCUGGAAAAGAACAGGGAGCUCCUCCUCCAUCCUUUCCGCUUCAUCAGAGUCAAGUGAAAAAGCAAGAAGUGAAGAUGAGAGGCAAACAUUGAGUCCCCCUGAAAUACCUGUGCAUAGUAAGGAUGGACACCACCCUUUAAAAGGAACAUGGAGGAAAAUGAGGGAUAAUGAAAUAGCUCAUGAAUCCCAAGAUUCAUCCUGUGAAGCAGAUUCGAAACCAAUGCUCCAUCAAGUGAUCCCGACAGUGUCCAAGACUGAGGAUGUGUGGGUGAGAAUUGAGGACUGUCCCAUCAACAACCCCCGUUCUGGAAAAUCUCCAACAAGCAACACACCCCCAGUCAUUGACUCAGUCAUUGACAAAGUACCUGCUGCAGAUCUGGAAGUGAAAGAAUCCAUACAUAAACAAUCCAAAGUGAAUGAGAAUUGUUUGACAACUGCUUGCACCCUUGUUUCAGAAAAUAAUUUGAAUUUGCUCAGAAGUGAGGCGCUUGAUAACAAAGGAGUUGAUGUUAAGCCUGCAUUGAAUAGUCAGAAUGCAACUUCAGAGACUCAUGAAAUCCCAGUUGUUGAACGCACUCCUUUUAGCUCCUCGAAUUCCAGCAAGCAUAGUUCCCCCAGUGGUGCUGUUGCUGCAAGGGUGACUCCUUUCAAUUAUAACCCAAGCCCUAGAAAGAGUAGUGCAGACAGCAUUACAGCUCGGCCUUCUCAGAUCCCGACACCUGCAACCAGCAGCUCAAAGAAAAGAGACUCCAAAGGAGAAAGCGCUGAACCCAGUGGAUCAUAUAUUGUGACUUCUGUUUGAAGGCUUAUUGGGAACAUGCAAAUCCAGAUGCCUUUGUUGAUGAUCCCAUAUUCACUUUUUUAAAUCACAAUGUACAACUUCUGUUUUAAAGGAAGAUCAAGGACAUAAUCACUGGGUUGUUACAUAUAGGCUACCUUGUUGCAACUACUUAGCUGACUGUUGGAGAAGAGACCGCAUGUAAAUAUAUAUUUUUAUUUUAUAUUUUUUUUUUUAGUAUUACUGUUCAAGCCUUAUUUAAGGCACGGUAUCUUUGCUGGUAUAAAUGUGGCUGGCACACUUGGUUAUCAGGAGGAGAUCUGUUUGAAGGUGAUUGUAAGCGUAUUUGUACUGUAUAGACUUUGACUAUGUAUGUAUUUAAUUUAAAUCCCUCUUGUGAUCCUGUGUCUUGCUUGACUUGACAAAGAUAAUCACCUAAAUUACAAAUUUGGGAUACAAGAACACUUAAUUUACUUAACUACUAAUACAUUUGAGUUUUUUAAAAUUAUAAAUCUGCAUUAGAGUAAAACCAUUUUUAUUGCUGCAAAACAUUUUAAACCUUCCCUUUAAUUUCUUGCAUGAACCAAUUUUGAUGGUUUCUUGAAGUAACAAUGAUAAUUUUUGUGGUCACAUGAUGUGUAUAGGUAGGUGUAGUAUAAUGGUUUACACGAUGUGCUCAAAGUAAGGAAUUGAGUGUAACCUCUGAAACCGUUGGAUGGAGUUGUUUUACUAUGGAAAUAGAUUUUAUCAGAAUGUAGACUGAUUGUUUGCUAAACUGUUAACUUGUAUAUUCUGUUAAUUGGGCUGUGAUUGCUGCUCUUUUGAUGGAACAUCGGUCUCAAAUGGACUAAAUGAACAUUCAAGAAAUUACUGUAGGCUUUGGUGUUGGUCUGAAUUUAGAAAAAAAAAACUAAUGUUCCUUUUUCCUUUUAAUCACUCAUUGUUGUAGCACAUGAUCGGAGUCUUGUACUGCCAAAAAAGGAAAGAAUACAGUAUGUCAAUAAGUAAAUUAAUCUUUUUUCAUGCAAUAAAGUGAAUGGAUGGAUAUUUAGGAAAUGUUACAAACUCAAAUUGUAAAGUGGCAUAAUAAAGACACUAAGACUGUGCAAUA